CACAAGUCCCAAAUGACGUAAUUAAAUCACGUGAUCUCCGUACACAGCGAGCGUAGUGUGCGGCUGUAUUGCGGGCAGAGCGGGGUCACACUGGGGGUCAGGGAAGAUGAAUAUCCUCCCCAAGAAGAGCUGGCACGUGAGGAACAAGGACAACGUUGCGCGUGUGAGAAAAGAUGAGGCGCAGGCCGCGGAGGAGGAGCGCGUGCGCAGGAAGAGGGCGGAGCUCGCGGAGCAGGAGGCACGCACAGAUUUCCUCCGUAAGAAGUCCCGUCUUGUAGUCAACGAUGGUGAGACUGCACUGGUAAAGCUCGAUACAGAUGAUGGACACAUUAAUUUCUUCCAAGAUGUUGAGGAAGGCAAAGGAACCAAUAAGGGCAACAAAGAAUAUGAAGACGAAAAGCGCAAAGAAAAGGAGCGUCAAGAGAAGGCAUUGGGUAUUCUUACUUACUUGGGUCAAAGCGCAUCAGAAUCCCAGACAAGUCGUCCUUGGUACCAGGAGGUCCCGGUUAACAGUAAAAAGGACGUAGAUGAUAACGCAAAGGACGAAAAGCUAAAACAAAAGCUAGACCCAAUUCAUGAAAUGGAGCGUUACCUUCAAAAGAAAACUGGAGAAAAGAAGAAACACAAACACAAAAAAGAAAAAACUAAGGAAAUGAAUCGAUCGCUUAAGCCGUCGAUAGAGCAGUUGAGACAAGAGCGCCUCAAGCGGGAGGCGGCAGAAAGGGCCCGUGCUGAAGCCUUGUUAUCUGGGAAAAAAGAGACACCCGUUCCGGAGCAAGAAAUGGAUGAUAGAAAACGUCGUUAUAAUUCCCAGUUCAAUCCACAACUGGCACGAAAGCCCACCUCACGAGAAGAGCAGCGGUAUCCGUAUUAGGAACGGACUGAAGACUGGGCAGCAAUAGCUAUCAAGCACCAAUGUUUUUUUGUAAAUCAGUAUUUAUUGAGUUUCACAAUCUUUAUACCUGUAUUAAAAGAAUAUAAACAAUAUAAUCAAAUGGCUGAUAUACAAAGCAAAUCAGUGUUAGUCAAUAGGGAAAA